AUGUCACCGAUCCCUUCCGACUUGCCCAUAGAGGGCAACGACUCCCCGGUCUCCAGCCGUGAGGUGGUCGAUGAGAAGAUCGUCGUCACGGCAGUAGAUGGCAAAGAUGAUCUGAAAGUUGGUACUGGGCUGUGCACCUCAUCUGCGGAGGACAUCGACGAGAGUAACAGCAACAGUGACGACGUUAUCAUCAUCACUGGCUCUGAUGCGGCUACUCACCUUCUACCCAUGCGGGAUGAUGGCGAAAGUGCUGUCAGCUUUCGGAGUCUUCUUUUGGCAUCGAUUCUCUCAUGUUUCCAGGCUGUCAUGUACCAGAUUUACAAUUUCAAACCCACCGUGAUUUCCAUUCAAGGGACCUUUAUCGUCCUGAUAUCCUACUUUCUCGGCAAAGGCUGGGCCGCUUUCCUGCCCCGUGGUGAUAUGUCUGAAGCUCGAUGGAGGGAAAACGGCGGCCAGGGGAAACUUCCUCUGUCGAUUACGGUCUUGAAGUUCCUCAAUUCUGGGCCCUGGAGCCUGAAGGAGCACGCGAUAUGUUCUAUCACGGCCACGUCGGCCUCCAACGCUGCUGCGAGCACGAUGGUAUUUGCCGCACAAGAUCUCUUCUACGAUCUUCCAUUGAGCGCGACGACUGUCAUCUUGAGUACUAUCUCUAUUGGCCUGUUUGGCUACGGCAUCUGUGGGAUCUUGCGGCCGAUAACCGUCUGGCAUGUCGAUGCUGUGUACUGGAGUAAUUUACCCACGGUCAAGACUCUCCAGGGACUUCAUUGGCAGCAGCUGAAGAAUUCCAAGCCGCUGAGAUACUUCUGGUACAGCUUCACUGGCAUGUUUCUCUACGAGAGCUUCCCAGCUUAUAUCUUCCCAUGGUUGAACUCCAUCUCGAUCCCGUGCCUGGCUUCAAUGAGAGCGACUGGUGACACGGCCGCUACUCUCACCAAUGUCUUCGGUGGUGCCACCAACAACGAAGGAAUGGGCCUCUUCAGUAUAUCUCUUGACUGGCAAUACAUCACUUCGUUCCAAACUUCCCUUCCUCUUGUGCUCCAGGCCCAUGCAGUUCUAGGGUUUGGUGUCUGUUUCAUUGCGAUGGCAGGCAUCUACUACGCCAAUGCCUGGAACGCACAAUCGCUUCCCUUCAUGUCGACGAGGCUUCUAUUAGCCAAUGGCACACCAUACCCCAUCGAUCAAGUCUUCGCUGGUGGUGUGCUCGACGAAGCCGCCUUGAACGUGUACGGCCCACCUAAAUUGGCCGGAACAUUUGUCUUCGCGAUGCUCAUGGCGAACGCUGCAAUCGGUGCCCUUGUCGUUCAUUGCUUCCUCUUCUGGGGCAAGGAUAUCCUGAAAGCAUAUCAAAGUGCGAGACAAGGUCGAUACGACGAUCGGCACCAUGAGCACAUGGUCAGGCAUUACAAGGAAGCCCCCUGGUGGUGGUACAUUGCCGUGCUUGUGGGCAGCUUCAUUCUCGGUCUGGUUGUGGUCACCAAAGAGGACAUUACCCUCCCGGCGUGGGCGUACGUCGUCUCGCUGGUAGUAGGAAUGUUCUUUGCCCCUCUGAGUACCAUUCUCUUUUCUCGCUACGGCAACGGUAUUGCCACCAACAACUUGUCAAAAAUGCUGGCAGGACUGCUGCUUCCUGGCCAUCCCGUGGGCAACAUGUACUUCGCUGCAUGGUCUCACAAUGUCAUCGCGAACACCAUCAGCCUUUCCGGUGAUUUGAAGAUGGGCGAAUACCUCAAGGUUCCUCCCCGUGUGAUGUUCCUUUCCCAAAUAUACGGCACCGUUCUGGGCGGAUUCAUUAAUUACGCCGUGAUGACCUCCAUCGUGGGCGGGAAUCGCAAUCUCCUCGCAAACGGCAACGGCAACUCCUCCUGGAGCGGUGCAACGAUGCAAUCAUACAACACCAAUGCCGCCUCCUGGGCACUGGCCGGGUAUCUUUACAAAUCCGGUCGGGAGUAUCAAAUGGUGCCGAUAGGUCUAGCUAUUGGCGCGGGUGUUGUGGCACUUCACCGGAUCGUUUAUUACUUCGUUCCUAACAUCAAAGGCUUCGACCUCGCCGAUAUCAACAUGCCCCAGCUCAUUCAAUAUGCCGGGUACAUCCCCUACAACCAAAGCCAGACCUGCGUCAUCUUCAGUUGGAUCCUCGCCGGGUUCUUCGUGCAGUUCUACCUCCGGAACCACCGCCCCCGCAUCUUCAAGAACUACUCGUAUCUGAUCACUGGUGCCUUCGACGGUGCUAGUCUGACUGCCCUCUUUAUUCUGUCUUUUGCCGUCUUCGGGGCCGGAGGACCUGCUCAUCCUUUCCCGGCAUGGUGGGGGAACAAUCAGAAUGGACACUACGAUCUCUGUCCUGUAGCGCAUGAAGCCUAA